GAACACGUUCUUUCCAAUCCACAUCUCAUUGCCCACAUUUUGCACACGCUUCUAAAAUUCGGCAGCAAUCGCCCUAUAAAUUGCGGCCGAGACGUGCGGUCAGUCACUUGACGGAGACGUGCGGUCAGUCACUUGACCGAGAAAUCAACAUUUUCAAAUUCAGAUAACGACGUAAUACAGAAUGCAUUUCACAAUCGUAUUUUUGGUGGCUACUGCUGUAGUUUACGGUAAGUUUUUUGUGGCCACUGCUGUUGUUUACGAUAAGUUUUGGUGGCUACUGCUGUUGUGUAGGAUAAGUUUUGGUGGCUAUUUCUGUUGUUUACGGUAAGUUUUGGUGGCUACUGCUGUAGUUUACGGUAAGUUUUUUGUAGACACCACUGCAGUUUAAGGUAAGCUAGUUAAAGGUCUUUUAUACUCAGAGUUUAUGGGAGUUAAAUUACGUAUUGUGUUUCAUGUUUAGAUAGGGCUGCUAGAUCCUCCAAGAAAUGAAAAAGGUAGGAAAUUUCCUAUUGAAAAGGUCAGAAAAGAAUGGUAUUUUCUUUUGACAGGAGGACAUUUCAACAUUAAACUAAAUUUACGAUAUUAUCGUUUAUUCCGAAACAAACAAAAAAACUAUGAAAAUACUUUUCAUACAUACCUUUGAGACUAAUUAUGCAUUGAUACAUAUUACCCAGCUACUGGUACGAACCUUAUAUUUUGCAAUGUAUCCCUUAUUUGGGAGAUUGUGUGUGGAGCUAUGGCACAAUUUAUAAUGGCCUCAGUCUUGGUUUUACCACCUUUGAACCCCUGUGUUUAGAGAUCAAAGCCAGUAUUUUUAUUUACUUCAUAUGACAUAAUAUCUACGUACAUGCCAUACAAUGACAUUAGCUCAAUUCAUGAAUGUAUCCGCGCCCACGACGAGAUUUAACAGCUGGACCACGUGAUGUAUUUCGUUGUUGACAUUUUCAGGCGCCAACGCCGCCAUCUGUCCGACUUGCAGCAAUCAGAACGACUACACAACAUGUACUGGACAACAGAACUGUCAGGCUGAACAUGACGUACGUUUUGUAAUCAUCUUACAGUCUCCAUGUAACGGACAAUCAAUCCCUUUCUUUUUUUAUGAAGUAUUCAGUCUUUUCUUUCACCACAAGUUUUUUAUUUUUUUAUUUAUUACAAUAGACGCGUCUUUUUUCAAGUCGGUAAAGGCUCAUUUUAUUUGUGCUUUCAGGCCUGCGAAACAAAGAUCGAACUGAGAGACAACAAAAUUGAGUAUCACUGCUCGGAUGCCACGGUAAUUAGCUUACCUUAAUAAUUGACGAAUAGCCUACCCCUAGCUCUCUAAUUGAUUGGUAGCCUGCCUCACUAAUUGACAAGCAGCCUGCCUCACUAAAUGAUCAGUAGACUACCUUACUGAUUGAUCAGUGGAAUAAAUCACUAAUCUAAUUGAUAAGUAGCGUACCUCACUAAUCGAUCAGUAGAAUAACUCACAAAUCGAUCAGUAGAAUAAUUCACUAAUUGAUCAGUACAAUUACUCGCUUAUAAUUGACCAUUAGCCUGCCUCAAUAAUUGAGCAGUAGACUAUCUCACUAAUUGAGCAGUAGACUACCUCACUAAUUGAUUAGUAGACUAAGUCACUAAUUGAUAAUUAGCGCACCUCACUAAUUGAUCAGUAUCCUACCUCACUAAUUGACCAGUAGACUUCCCGAAUAACUGAUCAAUAGACUAACUCACUGACUAAUUAUUAGUCUGCCUCUCAAAUCAACCUUUAGACUACCUCCCUAACUGAUCAGUAGCAAAUCUCACUAAUUGAUCAGUAGCCUACCUCACUAAUUAAUCAGUAGACUACAUCAUUAAUCGAUCAGUAGACUACCUCCCUAACUGAUCAGUAGCAAACCUCACUGACUGAAAAGUAGACUACCUCACAGAUUCGUUACUGACAUACCUCACUAUUGGAUUAAUCGAUUGCCCCACUAGGUUGCUCAACUGUUUCCCUCAAUACUUAUCUAGUAACUAGCCCCAGCAAUGUCUCAGCGGCUGAUUGCAAACCACCACACCCAUUUAAUGCAUGUUUGGAUCUGAAGUUAGUGGCUCGAAUUUUCUUCCAAUCUCUGCUCUAAUUUUUUUAUUUUUUUAAAACUAAUUUUGUUUUCUUGUCCUCUUGUAGAACUGCGCUCACCAAGAAACCCAGAACAGCUGUGACAACGCCGGCAACAACGGCCACUGUGUCAUCUGCUGCAACAGCCUGGCCGACUGUAAGGCCAAACGUGACGACUACUUCUUGUGUAAGCACGCUGUCCAAGUUUGUAAAGUUUAAAAUGAGUUCGAUAAACCAAAGUUUAAGUCUAACGGGAGGGGGACGGUAUGUGCCUAUAGCCUUGGUUAUGAUAUAAUCAUCUAACAAAAAACCUUGUUUAUGAUAUAAUCAUCUAACAAAAAACCUGAAUUAUGAUAUAAUCAUCUAAAAAAAAAACCUGACUUAUGAUAUAGUCAUCUAACAAAAAACUUUGGUUAUGAUAUAAUCAUCUAACAAAAAACCUGAAUUAUGAUAUAAUCAUCUAACAAAAACCUUGGUUAUGAUAUAAUCAUCUAACGAAAAACCUUGGUUAUGAUAUAAUCAUCUAACAAAAAACUUGGUUAUGAUAUAAUCAUCUAACAAAAACCUUGGUUAUGAUAUAAUCAUUUAACAAAAGCCUUGGUUAUGAUAUAAUCAUUUAACAAAAACCUUGGUUAUGAUAUGAUCAUCUAACAAAAACCUUGGUUAUGAUAUAAUCAUCUAACAAAAACCUUGGUUAUGAUAUAAUCAUUUAACAAAAACCUUGGUCAUGAUAUAAUCAUCUAACAAAAACCUUGGUUAUGAUAUAAUCAUUUAACAAAAACCUUGGUUAUGAUAUGAUCAUCUAACAAAAACCUUGGUUAUGAUAUAAUCAUCUAACAAAAACCUUGGUUAUGAUAUAAUCAUUUAACAAACAAGCAGCCCAAUGGCACUGUCAAGACCGUGGAAAUAGUUUCUAUUUUUUAAAUAUUCAAAAUUGUGUUUCUUUACGCAAUAAAGCACUUCAGCUUUACUAUGGUAUUAACAACAGCUAAAGAAGUUGGCGCUCUAAAAGUAUACUGGAAACUCUAUGCUCUGCAUAUUUAAAUUCUACAAUAGUUUGAAAUAUUAUUUUAAUUAUUUUUUUGUCUUCUUUCGCCAGUUGCUCCUAUUGGUUAGUGUCACGUGAGAACGAUGGCUGACUUUCUGAAAACCAAACAAGAAAGUACAGGAUCCUAAGUCUUUGAUGUCAAAUUCAAACAUGCCUUCAAAUCAUAUUAAACUUUGUAAAUGAG